CGAAAGCAAAAUUUUAAAUUUAUGAAAUACUAACGUCAAAAACAGAAAAAAGUAAAUUUACAUUACCAAACAUUCCAAUUUAAUUAAGUUUCAGAAGGUUUAUAAACCAAGUUUUAUAAAAUGUUAUGAUAACAAGCUCAACUUAGCACGUUUAAUGUGAAAAUACUUGAGCAUUUAAGUGCCGUGAUUGUGUGAGUGAAGUACAUCCAAUACAGAUAUAAAGCAGUUCGGAGAGACUGACAUUUUCAGUUUGAUUCCGCUCAUUUAUUAAAUAAAACUCCUACUGAACAGAAGUGUAAAAAUUUCUGCUGACUUUUUUCUAUUUUUCUUAUUUUUAAAAGUGCUACAAAAAUAGAUCAUAGACGAGAAAGAGUGUUUAAGUAUCCAUUACAUAAUAGAUUAAUUUAGGAUUAACAAAAGUUUUUACUGAAUAAAUUGUAAAUAUUCGUGAAAAAUAAGAAUCCAGUUGUGAGUGAAAAAAGUAAUAACCACAAACAAGCAGAAAAAAAGGGAGUUUUCCAUACAAAUAGAGAAGAGAAAAAAAGUUUUAUUAGAAAGUAGUUAAUGUCAAAUCCAAAGUAUCAGGCAUUAAGAGCAAAAGAUCCUUCUGAAAAUACAGAGGAAGCUGGAACAAUGUCUCAAACAGUGUCAACAAUUCCUUCGACUCAUUCGAGUCAACAUUUAAUGAGUCCUGAAGUUGAGAGUGUCAUGACUGAAGAGGACCGAAAAAGUACGAGGAGGGGAAGUGAACAAGAGCUGUCGUUUAGCUCAGUGACCAAAAGUCAAUGGUUUACAGUCGCAGUCUUGUGCUUCAUUAAUUUAAUUAAUUAUAUGGAUAGAUUUACAAUUGCUGGUGUUUUGACAGACAUUCAAGACUCAUUUAACAUACAAGAUGAUGAAGGUGGACUUCUUCAGACUGUCUUUAUUCUCAGUUACAUGAUAUUUGCCCCAAUCUUUGGAUAUUUGGGUGAUAGAUAUUCACGCAAAGCAAUCAUGGCUUUCGGAAUUACACUUUGGGGUGCAACGACACUUUUAGGAUCGUUUAUGAAUAGCUUUGGAUGGUUUAUUGCGUUUCGUGCUUUCGUCGGAAUUGGUGAAGCCAGCUAUUCCACAAUCGCUCCAACAAUUUUAUCAGAUCUUUUCGUACACGAUUUACGAUCGAAAAUGUUGGCUGUCUUUUAUUUUGCAAUUCCUGUUGGUUCAGGCUUAGGUUAUAUCGUUGGAUCUGAAACAGCAAAGGCUUUGGGAUCAUGGCAUUGGGCAUUAAGAGUCACCCCAGCUUUAGCUUUAGUCGCCGUCGUACUUUUAUUCUUUAUUGAUGAGCCAGAGAGAGGACAAAGUGAGGGAUCAUCACAUAUGCAAACAACAUCAUAUGUUGAAGAUGUUAAGGAUGUCUGCAAGAAUAAAUCAUUUAUGCUCUCAACAGCUGGUUUCACUUGUGUAGCUUUUGUUGCUGGAGCACUUGCAUGGUUCGGACCAAAGUUCAUGCAUCUUGGACUUAAAAUGCAACCCGGAAAAGAAAACAUUCAGCUUAACGAAGUUUCUUAUAAGUUUGGAAUCGUUGCGAUGUUAGCUGGCCUAAUUGGAGUUCCAUUAGGCUCAGCACUCGCUCAACGUUUACGUCCAAUCGAUUCAACAUGCGAUCCACUGAUAUGCGCUUUUGGAUUAAUUACUUCUGCGCCAUGCGUUUAUUUGGCACUUGUUGUCGCUAAAUAUAAUGCAAAUUGGUGCUUCUUUUUCGUAUUUUGUGCACAAUUAACAUUAAACUUGUGUUGGAGUAUUGUUGCGGAUAUGCUAUUGUACGUUGUAGUGCCGACACGUCGAUCGACAGCUGAAGCAUUCCAAAUUCUCAUAUCACACGCCUUUGGCGAUGCUGGUUCUCCAUAUUUAGUUGGUGUCAUCUCUGAGUCCAUCAAAGUAGUUUUAAGAAGAGAUACAGCUUCAUCGAAUUUUGGUCGCGGACCAUUGGAAAGUCUAUCUCAGCUUGGUGAAAAUGCAACAACGACAAUUGCAUCAUUAAUUGCACCAGAAGACUCAACAACUGUGAAAUUCACUGCUCUCCAAUAUUCUCUAUUUACGACGUCAUUCGUAGAAGUCCUUGGUGGCGUCUUCUUCCUAUUAACGGCAGCAUAUAUCCUUAAAGAUCGUGCAAAUGUCGACAGAGCUGUAGCAGCAUCGGAACACCUUGAAAAGGAGAGUGCACAAGUUAACACAAGUAAUCAGUAUGUAAAUGAAGCAAAUGAAGUGUCUGAGUCGUCGGGAUCGACGGAUAUGUCAGUAGACAAUUGAUAUUAAUCUCGUGUAAUUACAAAAUUAAUUCAUGGUAGUUAGGCAAUGAUCAUCAGAUUCAGAAUCAAGAAGAAAGAAGAGAACAUAACAGAGAGAUAUAAUUCCAUUUCAUCGUCAUUCUAUAAAUAAGAUAAUUCAUUUGAAAUGCUCAACAAUGGAUAAAAGUGAGAGAGGUGUGAAAUGGAUUUGAAAAAGUAUAGUAAAGGUGUACGCUGGUCGAUGAAAAUGAGCCAAGUGCUUCCGUGGUUUGAACAUUUUGUUUUUAUCAUAAUUCGCUUAGUUUUUUUUUUUGAUGAUGAUUUCCUCCGACAAAUAAUUAUUAAUCGGAAACAACAUCAAUUGUACAAUGAAGCACCGAUUAAAAAAAGAAGUAAAGGAAGAAGAAAUUACUGUAUAUGUAAUGAGACUGUGUUUUAGCUUAAUAUUUACAUUAAAUAUUAGUUGGUAAUUCCUGAAAUUCAUUUUGAAUCAUGCAUCAAGUCAAAAAGUGACCAAAUUAAGUAAGUCAAGAUGAUUUUGUUGAUAGGGAGGUCGUGUCAAAGCUUAAAAGUUAGCUGUAUCCAAAAUGUAAAUAGAUUAUAGUUGUCUAAAAAGGAAGUGAAGCAUCAAUGACUUAAAUUUUGUGAUAAUUCAUCAGAUGAAUUCAUUUCAUUAACCAAACAAUUUAUCAAUGAUGCUGACUUUUUGCAAUUUUGUGCCUCCCUUAUUAAUUUGCAUCUUUCCUUUCAUCUCCAUUUGUUGAAUUAUAUAUAUAAAUAUAUUUUAAAUUGAAAUCCUUUAUUCUAUUCGUGCUAUAUUAUAAAGAAAAUAAAUUGCAAAUUUUUUGCUUAUGAUAAGUUGAAAUCUAGACUGUUAGUAUUGUCUUCAGCAUAAAGAAAAAAAAAAGUCAUAUGUAAUCUCCAUUAAUAAGAAUAAUAUAAAAAUUUAUAGCAUUAUUAAAUGUUAAUUGAUAAAAAAACUGCGCUGAAGGUUAAAAUUAAAUUAAAUGAUUAAAAAACAAUACCUCUAGUAAAAAAAUAAUAAUUUAUUACUUGAAAAACAUUUUUUAUUGUAAAUUCGUAAUUAUAAAAAAUAGGUAUAAAGAAGAAACUAUACAAGAUGAAUAAAAUUAAGCAAGUUGAAAAAAAAA